UGUACAUUUUAAAAUACCGGACUUCUGAUUAUCUUUGCGUUUUUCUAAUGUACAUUUUAAAAUAAAUCAAUAUAACAUCAUUCUUAUAUUGGACUUUUUAGCUAAAUAAUUAAGAGAUUUUUGCAAGUUUAGUGGACUUAGUAAAAUGAAUAAGAUACUAGUUUUUCUAUUAGAAAGAAGACCAACCAAGAAGUUGAAUAGUUUUUUUGGUCUUUUGGCUUAUUUGUAAGAGUUUGGGAGAGCUUAAAGAAAUCCACAACGAAGCCCAGACUAUCUCUUGGUUCUUGAUAUCAACUAGUCCUUUGUUCAUUAGUUUCUUGUUUCCUAAUUAAUCAACAAUUUUACAGAAAGAUAAACAGUAAAGGAAAUCGUUACUGUUUCUGCCAAAUCUCUUAUGUGUUGUUCUUAACAAUUAAACUCAAUUAUGCUAUUAGAAGAAUUAAUCAUAAGCUUGUGAUGAGACAAAAUACUAGUUCCAUUAGAGUUACCUGGCAGUCCAUUCUUUCUGCGAUCUCACCAUGUCCUAGAAUACUAUCAUCAAAGUCCUGUGAUUACAAUAUUUAUCAAACAAAGUUUGUUGUUAAAGGUUAGAUGUGUAUCGUAAGUAAAGCAUAGCUAAAAUUUGGUGUGUUGAUACAGAUCUUUGAUUUUGAACGCUCUUUUAAACCCGCUAGAAGAAAUCAUAGUUCCCACCAAACCGCAAGAGGACAGACAUAGAAUCCUAUGACCGGUUGCUUAUUAACAAGUCUUCUAAUGGUUCAUAAUCAUUGAUAGAGAGUCCUCAACCAUGAUUUCAUUUACAAUACCAUCCACACUCUCUGCCCUUCUCUCUUAUUCAUCCACAUCAUCACCAAGUUUGGUAACGUUCAUAAUAAAUGCUGAUUGAUAAAACCGACAAUCCUCCUCCAUAUACGUUACGUACCAGACAUUUCCUGUCUGUAUAAUACUUUACCGUAUAGUUUUUUUUUGUAACACCCCUUGCCAUAGUUUGAAUGAUAAAAGUAAACCGAAUCAAACCGAACUUUAUUUACAAAGGAAAAAAGUAAUAAAGAAAGUUCUAUCGGUGGUCACACUGACAAUCUGUACGUGUGGAAGAGAAUGCAAGCAGAGUAGCAAAAAAGCAUUGCAAGCAUCUGUGAGAGUACACAAUUAAAAAAAAAAAAAAAUCUCAAAUAGUAUCAAAAAGAAUGAAAGCCUUUUUACUUUCUCUUGCAAAUGAUAAAAGAAUCAGCUUCUCCUUCUUCUUCUUCUUCUUUUUCUUCUUCUUCCUCACUCCUCACACUCCAAACCAAUGGGAUUCGAGAGCUCUUCAUCAGCCGCAAGCAACAUGGAACAACCACAACAAAAGUCCAACACAGCUCAACAAUACUCCGUCGACGCCGGCCUCUUCGCCGACUUCGACCACUCUGUCUACUCCGGCAAGUCCUUCAACUACUCCAAGUCCAUGAUCUCCCCUCCCAACAACGUCCCCGACGAGCACAUCACCGCCUACCUCUCCACCAUCCAAAGAGGCGGCCUCGUCCAGCCCUUCGGCUGCCUCAUCGCCGUCCAAGAGCCUAGCUUCAGAAUCCUCGGCCUCAGCGACAACUGCAUCGACUUCCUCGGCCUCUCUCUCGCUUCCACCUCUCAACCAAACCACUUCACCGUCAAGGGUUUGAUCGGAAUCGACGCCAGGUCCCUCUUCACUCCUUCCUCAGCCGCUUCCUUGGUCAAAGCUGCUUCCUUUACUGAAAUCUCCUUGAUGAACCCUGUUUUAGUUCACUCCAGAACCACCACCACCGCCUCCCAUAAGCCCUUUUACGCUAUCCUUCACAGGAUCGACGCCGGGAUUGUGAUUGACUUGGAGCCCGCCAAGUCAUCCGACCCGGCGUUGACCCUCGCCGGGGCCGUUCAGUCUCAGAAAUUGGCAGUCAGAGCCAUCUCGAGGCUCCAGUCGCUUCCUGGAGGAGACAUUGGUGCCUUGUGUGACACCGUUGUGGAAGAUGUUCAGAGGCUUACCGGCUACGACCGUGUGAUGGUCUACCAGUUUCACGAUGAUGAUCAUGGUGAGGUUGUUUCGGAGAUUAGAAGGUCUGAUCUCGAGCCUUACUUGGGUUUGCACUACCCUGCGACUGAUAUUCCACAAGCUGCACGGUUCUUGUUUAAACAGAACCGUGUAAGAAUGAUCUGUGAUUGUAAUGCCACUCCGGUUAAAGUUGUGCAGAGCGAAGAGCUCAAGAGAUCGCUUUGUUUGGUGAACUCUACAUUAAGAGCUCCUCAUAGCUGUCAUACUCAGUAUAUGGCGAAUAUGGGUUCUAUUGCAUCUCUUGUUCUUGCUAUUGUGACUAAAACCAAAAACUCGAGUAAGCUUUGGGGGUUAGUGGUAGGCCACCACUGUUCUCCUAGAUACGUGCCGUUUCCGUUACGUUACGCUUGCGAGUUUCUGAUGCAAGCGUUUGGACUCCAGCUUCAGAUGGAGCUUCAGUUAGCGUCCCAGCUGGCUGAGAAGAAGGCUAUGAAGACGCAGACUUUGCUGUGCGAUAUGCUUCUCCGUGAUACUGUCUCCGCUAUCGUGACUCAGUCUCCUGGGAUUAUGGACCUUGUGAAGUGCGAUGGAGCUGCUUUGUACUACAAGGGGAGGUGUUGGCUGGUCGGUGUGACUCCCAGCGAGUCGCAGGUUAAGGAACUGGUGGAUUGGCUGGUGGAGAAUCACGGUGAUGAGUCUACAGGUUUGACUACUGAUAGUUUGGUGGAUGCUGGUUACCCUGGAGCUGUCUCUCUCGGAGAUAAGGUCUGCGGCGUGGCUGCGGCGGGGAUCUCUUUAAAAGACUACUUGAUUUGGUUCAGGUCUAAUACCGCUAGUGCAAUCAAAUGGGGAGGAGCUAAGCAUCACCCCAAGGAUAAGGAUGAUGCUGGAAGGAUGCAUCCGAGGUCGUCUUUUAAAGCGUUUCUUGAAGUUGCAAAGAGCAGGAGCUUACCGUGGGAAGUUUCUGAGAUCGACGCGAUUCAUUCCCUGAGGGUGAUAAUGAGAGAGUCGUUUACUAUCUCAAGGCCUGUUGUGUUGUCGUCUGGUGGUAAUAACGGUGUGGUGGGGGGGAGAGAUGCGAGUGAGCUUACUUCUUUUGUCUGUGAGAUGGUUAGAGUGAUUGAAACCGCGACUGCGCCUAUCUUUGGUGUUGAUUCUAAUGGAUGUGUCAAUGGUUGGAAUAAUAAAACCGCUGAGAUGACGGGGCUGGGAGCUGGUGAAGCUAUGGGGAAGUCGCUUGUCGAUGAGAUUGUUCAGGAGGAGUCACGUGGAGCUCUUGAGAGUGUCUUGUCUAAAGCCUUACAAGGUGAAGAGAAGAAGAACGUAAUGCUUAAACUGAGAAAGUUUGGUAACGAAGAUUCAUCUUCUUCUGAUGUGUGUGUUCUCGUUAACUCAUGCACGAGUAGAGACUAUACGGAGAAAAUAGUCGGUGUCUGCUUCGUUGGCCAAGACAUGACUAGCGAGAAGGCAAUAACAGAUAGGUUCAUCAGGCUGCAAGGAGACUACAAGACCAUUGUCCAAAGCUUAAACCCUUUGAUUCCACCUAUAUUCGCAUCUGAUGAGAACGCUCGUUGCUCAGAGUGGAACGCAGCAAUGGAGAAGCUCACCGGGUGGUCGAAGCACGAGGUGAUUGGGAGGAUGCUACCUGGUGAAGUCUUUGGAGAUUUGUGUAAAGUGAAGUGCCAAGAUGCACUCACAAAGUUCUUGAUCUCUCUGUACCAAGGCAUUGCUGGUGGUGGUAAUGUACCAGAGAGUUCGGUGGUUGGGUUCUUUAGUAAAGAAGGGAAGUACAUAGAAGCAUCAUUAACGGCGAACAAGAGUACGAACGGUGAAGGGAAAGUCAUAGGGUGUUUCUUCUUCUUGCAGAUAAUCAAUAAAGAAUCGAGUUCUAGCUCACCAGAGGUGAAAGAGAGCGCUCAGAGUCUCAACGAGUUGGCUUACAUAAGGCAAGAGAUCAAGAACCCUCUCAACGGUAUCCGGUUUGCGCAUAAGCUUCUUGAAUCCUCGGAGAUUUCAGAGAAUCAAAGGCAGUUUCUGGAGACUAGUGAUGCUUGUGAGAAGCAGAUUGCGACAAUAAUCGAAGACACUGACUUGAAAAGCAUUGAGGAAGGCAAGUUGCAAAUGGAGACAGAGGAGUUUCGACUUGAGAGCGUCUUGGACACAAUCAUUAGCCAAGUGAUGAUUAUGUUGAGAGAGAGGAAGUCACAACUCAGAGUUGAAGUCUCCCAGGAGAUCAAAACGCUGCCUCUCUAUGGUGACAGAGUAAAGCUUCAGCUCAUUCUUGCUGAUCUUCUGCGCAACAUUGUGAAUCAUGCCCCGUUUCCAGAUAGUUGGGUAGGAAUCAAGAUCUCACCAGGCCACAAGCUUGCACACGACAAUAAUCCCUAUAUCCAUCUACAGUUCAGGAUGAUACAUCCUGGAAAGGGACUUCCUUCAGAGAUGCUAAGUGAUAUGUUCGAGACUAGAGAAGGAUGGGUCACGCCUGAUGGGUUAGGACUAAAGCUUUCAAGGAAACUGCUGGAGCAGAUGAAUGGUCGUGUGAGUUAUGUUAGAGAAGACGAACGUUGUUUCUUUCAAGUGGAUCUUCAAGUUAAGACAAGGUUAGGUGUUGAGACUGGUUCAAGCAUAUAGUAGAAACCAUGAGUUACAAAAGCAUAUAUAUAAUAAAAUGGGAUGAAUUUUGAUCCUUGUGCGGUCUGAAUGUAGUAAGUGUACCAUUCAAACAAAGCUUCCAUUAUUUAUCAUCAAUAAGAUGUAUCUCAAAUCA